AUGUGUGUUUCAUUAGAUAAUACAACACAAUGCAGGAUUGCUGAAUUUUUAACUAGUUUGGAAAAACACCAAGAUGUAUUUCAAUUGUCAUUUGAAAAUGUAAAAAAACAAAUUUACGAUUUUGUAGAAGUACAAAAUUCUAAUUCGUGUAAUGGAGAUUCAAUAAAUACCCCUGUAAAAAGUAAUAUCGUAAACAGUAGUUUUGAAUCUCCUCUUCAAGGUUUUUUCCAGACACCUAAAAGAAAUUUAGAAUAUAAUUUAAAAAAACCAAACUCUGCAAUGUGUGGAGAUGGAGACCAUUUUAAAUGUAUAAAACAAUUAACUGAUCAGCUUGUCGAAGAAGAAUCAGAAAAGGCCUCAUUGCAAGCAAAAUUAAUGGCCAGCGUACAAAAGUGCAACGAUUUUGAAAUGAAAUUGAAAGAUAAAAUUGAAGAAAUAAAACAUUUAAAAUAUGAAUGGGAAAAAGAAUCGAGAAAAAAUGAAAAUGAUUUUUUAAAAUUAAAAAGCGAAAUAGAUAGAAAAUUUGAUGAGGAAAAAAAGUUAAAAUCCGAAAUGAAUCAAUUGGAAAAUUUUGUCUCAUCUUUGGAAUCUGAUCUUUCAAAUUCUCUUUCAGAAAAAUCUAAAUUAGAAUAUGAGCUGAAAGUUUGUUUGGAAAAAUAUGCAGCGAGUGAAUUGCAGGUUAAAGAAGUUUCUCUACUGAAUUUGCAACUCCAAGAAACAUUAGCUAAUAAAGAAAAGGAUCUUCUAGAAUUAAAAGAAAAUUUGGAAAAUGCAUUUAAAUCUGAUAAAACAAUCGACUUGAGUUUUGCAGAUGGUUCAUUUGAAAAUAGCAUUUGUUCACCAGAAAAUAUGGGAGUAGUCAUUGAAAAAAUUUUACACGAAAAGAUUGAAGAAAAUACAUCUUUAAAAGAAACAAUUGACGAAUUGCGUAGUAAAAAAGACGAACUAUUAUCGGAAUUAGAAAAAAAAAAUAAUGAAUUAUCUGAUAAAAAUUCAAAAUUAUUACAACUUCAAAAUUUCAAUAGAGAACUUGAGAAUAAAUUAGAUGAUUUUGUGAAAACUGAAAAAGAACUUUUAAAAGUAAAAGAAGAAUUAUUUUUAUCAGGCCUUGAAGUAAAUAAGUUGGUGCAAGAGAAUUGUCAAUUGAAUGAAAGGAACAAUAGUUUAAGUAAUAAAGCACUCGAACAAGACCAGGCUUUGCUAAACUUUAAAAAUACAAAAAUGCUUAUUUAUUUUGAUUAUUUAAAACUUGCAGAUGAUUUUAAAACGGUACAGGAAAGAUUAGAAUUUGAAGUUAACAACAUCGUUAAUUUAAUGUCUGAAAAAAAGAAUCAUUUUCAAAAUUCUUUUGACAAUGCCGAGAAUAUUUUUAAUGAAAAAAAUAAAUCUCUCAAAGAAAAAUUAGGUAAUGGUUUAGUCAUAACUAAAAAUGCAAAUGAUUUACAAAUCAAUCAAUGUUCCGAUAAUAUUUCGCAAAAGAUACAAGAAUUUAAAGAGUCUUUAAAUGUGAUGAAAAACUACGAGUUUGAUUGGUCCGAAUCGAAAUCGUCGAUACAAAAAUCUUGCAUGUCAUUAAAUGACAGUAUUAUCACUCUUAAAUUAAAAAUUAAGGAUCUUGAAGAAAAUCAAAAAACAUCUUUACAAGAAAAAAUCGAGCUAGAAAAUAAUCUUAAAGCAAAUGGGCAGAAAAUAUUUGAAAUACAAAAUACUCAUUCUUUUGAAAUUAAAAAAUUGAACGAUGAACUUGAUGAAAAACAAUCUAAAAUUACCGAACUUGAAGAAGUGAUUAAAAAUUUGAAAGCUGGAAAAAUAAAAUUGUUAAAUGAUGGUGAUGUCACGGUAAAUCAAAAAACUAUAAUAAAAACCGAAAAAGAAAAUUUGCUCUGCAAAGAAGAAAAUAUACAAAAAACAAACGUUUACGAUGCCACAAAAAUUCGUAAUGAUUUAAUAGUCGUAAAUGACGAAAAAUCUAAUUUUCAAUGUAAAGAAGAACUUAACGAUUCGUUAGAAGAAGUUAUAACAAAUAAUAAAACAUUUGAUAUUGUGAACCUGGAGGAAAAAGGUAUCGGUGAUAAAACUUUUUCAGUUGACAGACGUAAUGCAGAAAUUAGAUUAGGUGAAAGUUGGGAAAUUUCUCUCAACUCUCCUAAAAGACAUCAAGAAAAACGAAACGUUUCAUCGUCUACCAACGAUUUAACGACAGUUGACAGUUGUUCCAAUUUAACAAAAUCUUCAUCUUUAUCAUCCAUAAUGGAAAUGAGUUAUUUACCACCAUCUAAAAUCGAUUCGAAAUCGAGUAGUGGAGCGACUACUUUUUUCAGUUUUACUAAUUUAUCGGGUUCGUGUAUGAAAGAACGACUUGAUAACCGAUCGACGGAUGUGAAAAAAAGUUGUUCGUCGGAAUUUUCGUUGAAUAAUUUAAAAUUACCAAAUAAUUCAACCCGGAAAAUUUUUAAACUCGUGGACAGGCGCGAAGAUCCGCUUAAGGAAAUAUUCAAAAACAAUGCCAUCGAAUGCGAAGGAAAUAAACAGUUAGAAUGGGAAAAAAUGUUUUCUCGAAUGCGAAAAGAAAUUAUCGAACUAUCGAAUGAAUCAGAACGGCUGAGAUCAUCAUUAUCGGAAUCGGAAAAGGAAAGGAAAAAGCUACAGGAAAAUUAUAGGAAAAGUCAAAAUGAAAUCGCUCAGAAUAUUUCGGCCACUUACGAAACGCGACUAGAACAACUUAAAUGCGACAUGGCAAGCGAAAGUAAAUUAUGUUCAGAUCUCAAGGAACAAAAUAAAAGGCAUAAGGAAUAUAUAGAUCAGUUGAGAAAUCAAUUAUGGGAUUUGAGAGAAAAAUUAUUACAGGAACAAAAGCAGAAGAGAGAUUUGGAAAGAAUGUACAGCGAAUUGAAGAAAAAAUACGAAAAUUCCAUUUUUAGUAAAAAUAAAGAAUUGAAUGAAGAAAUGAUUUCUCAAAAUGAAGAUUUGGAACAGGAAAAAAUGUCUAAUUUUCGACAGUUUCCAAAUUCAACUUGUGAGUACUUUUUAUCAAUUUGA